CUCCUGUUAUCAUAUUGUUAGAUCACGAAUCCGAACGGUCAUAAGAAACCUGAUCCGCACAGAAUCCCAACAUGCAAGUGGCCCAGAUAAUGUCCAUCACCGGGGCAUUUCUGAUGUCCCGUCCAAAGCUAAUCCCACGAGAAGAGAGAAAUUAGGCCGACCAAAAAGCCAAAUUAAUACAAAGCCCCCCGAAAGGAAUCCCCAAAACUAUUCCCCUCUUUCCUCUCGCUCUCCCGUCCGUCUUAUUCCGACUAUGGACUACUCCGCCCUCACCGAAGCUCAGCAGCAGCAGUACCACCAGCAGUAUCAGCCCCAAGACCACCAGGCCACCACCCAGCCCUACGAACCCGGCCAGGCCCAGGCUUACGAGGCCUAUUACGCCUCUUACCACCACCCCCACUACGACCCAAACGCCUACCACCACCCCCACCACCACUACUACCCCCACGACUACUCCUCGUACCAGCCUCCCCCGCCCGCUGCCCAUCCCGAUCCCGUCCCUGCCCCCUCCACCGCCGCCGCCGCGCCGCAUGACCCCUCCCAAAUCCACCCGUCACAACCAUAUCACCAUCCGGCAUCCGCCACGGCGGCCGGCGGGCAUGCAUACCCGCCGCUGCCUCUGGAGCAGCAGGGAUCGGGUUCGUCGUCGACGUUGGGGAGGUUGAACCCCCCGGCGGCGGCGGCACUCUCCCAGCUGACGCAGUUCGCGGGGACCAUGGACGCGGCCGAGCGAGCGAUGGUGGGGAUGCAGGAGAGGCCAUGGCAUGGGAAGAACGGGGGGAUGAUGGGGCCCGGGGGGCCGCCGCCGGCGCCGCCCCAUCAUCCUCAACACCCCCACCACCGGCCCCAUCACCCGCACCACCACCCGACGCAGCAAUGGGCGGUCGCGAUUAGGCCAGGG